AUCGGCAAGUUUAUAAAGCGUGAUAAAUGUUUACGUUUCUCAAAAAUAUGCUUCAUGUAUUAUUUUAAACUUUAAUAACUAUGUUUGAAACGAUUACAAAUAAAUAAUGUUUCUUUGAGUGAUAAUUAAGUAAUGUGGUAAUGUCCACAUUUUAAUUUUGAAGUUUUAGUUUAUAUCACAAGACACAAUGACUGACGAAGUAAUUAAGCAUUCUGUACACACUUUAGUGUUUAGAUCUUUGAAGAGAUCUCAUGAUAUGUUUCUCUCCAACCAAGGACUGUUGCCACCAAUUGAUGACAAAGCAGAGGCAAUUUUGAGAUCAAUAAAGACGAGGGAUGGCUAUGGACAAGUGAUGUCAGCUGUUCAAAAGGCACAAGCUGUAAAGCAACAACAGGAAUCAAUGAGUAGACCGGAGACUCCACAUAACACUGAAAUAGCAGAAUCAGCAGCUAUACCAUCUGAUGGUGCAAUGUUGCCAUACAGCGGACCCGCUCCACCACCCAGCACAGCUAUUGCACCUCUGCCACGGAAAGCCCCUGUGAUGCCCCGGCCCAAGUGGCAUGCCCCAUGGAAACUGUGCAGAGUGAUAUCAGGCCAUCUGGGUUGGGUCAGAUGUGUGGCAGUGGAACCAGGGAAUGAAUGGUUUGCUACAGGUGCUGCUGAUAGAGUUAUUAAGGUCUGGGACUUGGCAAGCGGAAAAUUGAAAGUGUCUCUCACGGGACAUGUUAGUACAGUUAGAGGUCUUGAAGUAUCACCUCGGCACCCAUAUCUGUUCAGCUGCGGUGAGGACAGACAAGUCAAAUGUUGGGACUUGGAAUAUAAUAAGGUGAUCCGACACUACCACGGGCACCUGUCGGCCGUGUACUCGCUGGCGCUGCACCCCACCAUCGACGUGCUGGUGUCAGCGGGUCGUGACGGCACCGCCCGCGUGUGGGACGUACGCACUAAGGCCAAUGUCCACACACUGGCCGCCCACACCGACACCGUGGCAGCCUUGGCAUGUCAGGCCGCCGAGCCCCAGAUAAUAACGGGCUCGCACGACUCCACGGUCCGGCUGUGGGACCUGGCCGCGGGCAAGUCGCUGUGCACCCUCACCAACCACAAGAAGUCAGUCCGCGCGCUGGCACUCCACCCCACACUCUACACGUUCGCGUCGGCCUCGCCCGACAACAUCAAGCAGUGGAAGUGUCCCGAGGGCAAGUUCAUCCAGAACCUGUCGGGCCACAACGCGAUCGUCAACUGCAUGGCCGUGAACCCCGAGGGCGUGCUGGUCAGCGGCGGCGACAACGGCACCAUGUACUUCUGGGACUGGAGGACUGGCUACAACUUCCAGCGGCUGCAGUCGGCAGUACAACCGGGGUCAAUGGACUCCGAGGCGGGAAUAUUCGCGAUGACGUUUGACAUGUCCGGCUCGAGACUCAUCACCACAGAAGCUGACAAAACUAUCAAGAUAUACAAAGAGGACGACACGGCUAGUGAAGAAACGCACCCGAUUAACUGGAGACCAGAAAUACUUAAGAGGAGGAAGUUUUAAGAAAAUAAAUAGAUGUUUAUACUUUUUA